AUAAGAAGAAAAAAGUAACGAGCAUUACCGACCGGACGAAGCGGCUGCAGCUUCGAUAUACUACGGUGCACCUAUUAUAACGUCGAAUUGUCGUCCAUCAUCGCCGUCUCAUCGACUCGCCGCUGCUGCUGCUGCUGCUCGCAACUCGAGUCUCGAGGCACGGCCAAGUCUCUCUCUCGUUCGCAAGUCGUGCAGUGUGCGUUGGCAAGUUUGCAGUGCUGCCUGCUGUUGCUGCUGCUGCCAUGCUAUUAUACGUACACACAAAUAUCGCUGUUACUGACUCGUAGCAGCCUAUCUCGCUCUUUCGCUCGGGGCCUGCAGCGCAGCCAGUGUAUAUACAACACAUAUAAAUACAGGCGCGCACGCACACAAACGCUCGGCCCGAGAGUGAGAGAGAGUCAGACUAUCCUUUUCUCUCGCUUGCUCUCUCGCAGUUGCGCUCGGCAGACUCAGUGACUAAGUGCGUGUAGUGUGCGAGUCCAUUCGUGCGAUCCGUUUUUCUUUGGCUUGCCUUUCCAGGCGCAGUUAUCGAGUCGUACGCGCGCCCCGAAGCACAUCUAUAUCCCGGGUUCAACGUAAUCGCGUCAGACUUUUCUGACUCUGCUAUCGUGCGUGCUGUGUGUGUAUGUAUGUGAGUGUAUGUGUACGUGUGUACGUGUGCGUUGGACGGAACCAGUCGUCGCUCCGUCCGAGGCCUCGCUUGAGCAGUGCGCGAGCCUCCCGACAGUCUGUGUACCUGGAGCCGUGAAAUGCCAACUUAACCUCCUACGAGAUCGAGUAUAGAUACAUAGAUAUAAUACACCUUUAUGUACAUCGUGUCGAGUGCAAGUGGGCUCUGACUCAGAAGAAAGAGCGAGCGAGAGAGAGAGAGAGAGAGAGAGAAAGCAUGCCUUCGUUGUCUCGACACUCGACAAUUUCGCCAGUGUCCUUCUUGUUGCAGUGAAUAACUUGCGUGUAUAUACACCUAAAAAACGUAUAUACUCACGCAACUCUCCACCUUUACACACUUGGCUGUAUGGCUACCUAAAAGUGCUAUUAUAGUGGAAAUCUUCAUAUGCAAAUGCUGUUAAUGUUACCAAAGAACUGCAUCGUCAAAACCUGACUGCUGCUGCUCCAAGCUGGCUGUCGACCAAGCCGCUGAUAUGAAGUCUUGCAGACUGAAAACUCAACAGCACUGACAAAUAGCCAGGAGCUGCUUUCCCAAGAGCUGAUUGUCUCUUUUUCUGCAGAGGAGAGCAGAAUAAUACUUACAGCAUCAUCAUGCAGAAAAGGGAUGGAAGAGAUCCCAGAGGGGAUAAGGAGAUGCAGCGAGGCAACGAUAGGGACCGAGAGCAGGAUCCCACCAAACGAAACUUUAGAUCUAGUAACACCAACAGACCCAACAUUGUUACUUCUCGACACAGUGCAACUUCCACUUCCAAUGUACUCAUGGUUGGACCCAACUUCAGAGUUGGCAAGAAAAUUGGUUGUGGUAACUUUGGAGAACUUAGACUUGGAAAAAACCUCUACAAUAAUGAACACGUAGCUAUAAAAAUGGAACCAAUGAAGUCGAAGGCGCCACAGCUCCAUUUGGAGUAUAGGUAUUACAACAAAUUAUUAGGCACACAUGAGGGUAUACCGGAAGUUUAUUACUUCGGUCCGUGUGGCAAGUAUAAUGCACUGGUCAUGGAGCUACUGGGUCCCAGCCUUGAAGACCUUUUCGAUCUCUGUGGCAGAAGAUUUACCUUAAAGACCGUCCUCAGCAUUGCCACGCAACUCCUUCAUAGGAUAGAGUAUGUACACAGUCGACAUCUCAUUUACCGGGAUGUGAAGCCAGAAAAUUUCCUAAUUGGCCGAAGUACAACCAAUAGGGAAAGGAUCAUUCACAUCAUCGACUUCGGAUUAGCCAAAGAGUACAUAGACCUCGAAACCAAUAAGCACAUACCUUACCGAGAACAUAAAAGUCUGACCGGUACGGCACGGUAUAUGAGUAUUAACACGCACCAGGGCAAAGAACAAAGCCGAAGAGACGACUUAGAGGCACUGGGACACAUGUUCAUGUACUUCCUGCGUGGCAGUUUGCCUUGGCAAGGCCUCAAGGCCGACACGUUGAAGGAGCGUUACCAGAAAAUUGGCGACACGAAACGCGCCACCCCAAUCGAGGUGCUCUGCGAGGGUCAUCCCGAAGAGAUGGCUACGUACCUGCGAUACGUCCGUCGGCUUGACUUCUUCGACACGCCUGAUUACGAGUACCUGAGAAAGCUAUUUCAGGAUCUCUACGACAGAAGAGGCUUUGCCCAUGACAAUGAAUUCGACUGGACGGGAAAAACAAUGUCGACGCCAGUCGGAUCUUUGCAAACUGGUCACGAAAUUCUCGUUUCGCCCAACAGAGAUAGGCAUCCUACAAAUUACAAGGUUGUGUCUUCUACCAAUGGAGAACUGGCGAACGAUGAUCCUACAGCUGGCCACUCGAAUACUCCAAUCACUGCACCCCCAGAAGUAGAGAUGAUAGACGAAACCAAUAUUUGCUUCCUUUCCAGAUGCUGUUGCUUUUUCAAGCGUAAGAAGAAGAAAAGUGGCCGUCAGAAAUGACUGAGUGUCGGGGUUGGAGCAAACAGCGGUCAGCAAGCAGGAGGCAACGCGGCCAUCAACAACACAGGGACCGCGGUACAUAACUCCGGUGCUCUGGGUGGCAUAGCAACCGGAGGCGGUGGUGAUGCAUCUCAGCAUGGUACAAGCGGCGGCCACCUACACGCAGGAGUUGAACGCCUAGCUGUCAAACGAGGCUUGCUAGGUGGUCGCGGCAGCAGCGACCUGGAACGAGAGGCCGUGACACUGUUGCGGGCCAGUAGUCACUCAGCGUCACGUGACUCUGUGCUGCACACCACCGUUACCCUCACACCAACACCACCGCCUUUGUCCAAUUGAGAUUCGGUAAUAAGUACGAAUCCCUCGCGAUGUCGUCGUUCGUUGUUGUUAUUGUCGUCGUCGUCGUGCACCAUUGUUGACGGUGGUGCCGCCGACCAAGGCCGAGAGGUCGCUUCGGCUGAGCGAUGGGUUUGAUGAACUCUGUCCGAGCAAAACUAUAUACAACUUACAUAUUAGUGCAUUUAUGUUCAUAUACACGUGUAGGAACCAGAUGUAUAGAGAGCGACCCAGAGAAUCACGGCUAAGCCCAGACCAGACAAACGCAGUGUUCUUCACCAUUUAUCUUCGCCAUUUAAAUUCAGACUGUUUGAAUACUAUUAUUAUACCUUUCUAUUAUUUUUCAUAGUAGUUGUGCAUCGUUAUUUCGUGUUUUUGUAGUGCUAUUUUCAUUUUAAUCCAUGCAUACGACGUGUUAUAUUCUUUUUGCGGGUAGAAAAGAUAUUUCUAUCUAAACUUAUGCAUUUUUCAAGCAGUAUCCAUUACGAGUUAAAGUGCUUUAAAGUCGGGUGGGCGCACAGAGCUCAGUCUAAGCGACGUCUUUUUUUUUUUUAAUAAAAAUUAACGAAAAAUCCACGGCUGAGGUUUAAAAGCAAAUGAGAAACAACGGCUAGCACGCAAGAAUUUCGUUGCUCUGCGAUGCAAUGAUGAGCAUAUUCAUUAACUAUACGUCUUUGUUAUUUUUAAUAUCAUUACCUAUACGUCUAUGAUUAUUAUUUACUAUUACGGCAUUCUUAUAUUAUUUUAACGUAACAAUAAUUAAUUACUAUUAAAAUUGAGUGUAUGACAACCUCCUUUGUAAUGUAUACCAAUAUAUGUGAGAUGAAAAUUUGAAUUCCUUUGUUUGUACAAAGAUCAUCUCUGUGUUCGUUAUCGACUGUCAUCGCUGAUAGACACUGCAGCAGAGCACAUGGCCCUAUUAUUUAAUAUCAUUGUUCAAUCAUCGAUAUAGAGACUAGGCAUGAAUUUUAAUUAAAUCGUGAACGGAAGAGUUAUUGUUCUGUCUGUGCGCCGAAAAAGCGUGCCAUUAUCGUACAUAACUCCGAAAAGAAAUUUAUAUCCUGCGCUUCUCGAAAUAAAUAGAAAGUAUCCAUUACAAAUAUAAUAUACAUACGAAAGUUAGGAAAAUGUGCGGUUAAAUCGUUUUGAUUUAUUAUAAAUUUUUUGUCGAGUGAAUGACGCUUGUUCAAAGGUCGAAUGUGAAAAAGAAAAAAAAUGAGAUAUAAACGAAUAAGAGAAAGCUAGAGCGAGAGAAUUGAUUGCAAGUUUGCUAGAAUGGUGUGUGCGAAUAAUUUUGUUUAAGGAAUUGAAUAAAAAGUUUCAAUGAAAAUGAAGGCGAAAACUAAUUUUUCGAUUUCACGUAUUUAAAAUUUGUUGAUUUGACUUGUAUUUAAGUUUAUAAAAAGGCAAAUUAAUACAAGUAACGAGUGAAAUGUGCAAAACAAAAAUUAACACGUGUAACUGCAUCAAGUGCUAGGUAGUCUAAUUUUUGUUCAAAGUAGAAUUUUUGCCUUUCUAAACUUUUUCGAAGCAAAAAUGCAUAAUUUCAAUUUGCAAGUAUACAAAAGCAAACAAGGAGGGAAAAAGUGUUUGAAAUACUGCAAAAAUAUUGAAAAUAUUUAAUAUUGCGUUUUAAAAUGUGAUAACACCAUAUAUGGACUCAAUUUAAAUGAUUCUUUUGCCGUCUUCAAAGAACACUUGAAUACCAUUGACUACAAUUUACUGUUAAUAUUUGCGUAUUAUUAUAAAUAUUAUAAAUGUAGAUAAGAAUAAAACAUUUGAUGCAAACAAAUUUUGCCUUUUAAAAAAUCAAUUGAACGAAUGAAAAAUAAAAAUAUUUAAAUAAUAGUUUCUCGUCCAGAAACUUUUUGAUCAUUUUAUUAAAUCGAUACUGUAAUAAGCAUCACGCUUUGUUAACGCUUUUGACUCAAAAGAAAAAAGAAAGUCUAAUAUCAUUUUGUACAAUUGUGUAGAUGGCUUUUUUAAAAAAAAAGAGAACAUCAUUUUACUAAAACAAUUAUUGUACUGCCUUGAUAUAUAAAAAUACCUCAAUCAUUAUGAAAAAAAAUUUUGCAUUAAAAAUUUUAAGAGUAUGUAUGACUGGUUAUAUACACUCUAAAAAUAAGUGUUAUUUGUAUAAAAAAUAAUAAUCGUUCAACAUGUCACGAGCGUAUUAAAAACACCUACACAUAAUGGAGAAACAUCUUUUUAGGGCCAAAGUACCUAUUGUAAUAAAUUGCCUUUUAUAGAUAUCUCUUUCUAAACCAAGUCCACAUUAAAACAACUACGGUUUCUCCAAACAUUAAUCAGAUUAUAUACCUACGUGAUGCAUUUGACAUGAUUAUAGAAAAAAUUAAGCGAAAAAUGAAAUCAUGUACAAAAAUUAAUCUCUUGUGAAUUGUACCGAUAAGAAUCGUGAAAAUUCGCCGUUACACUUAUUUUGUACAUACUUAAUUUGAGCUAAAAUUAAUAAAUUAUUCGAUGUCGGGGCAUGAAAC